GCAGCAGUAAAGUAUUUUCGAACGAUGCUUAUGUAACCCAUCUACAGGGAAAUUUGCGGGAUUUAGUAACUUGCUACAGGACUGAUUAUCAUGCAGACAAUGAACUUUCUCCUAGUGCAAUUGAGAAAAAAUCUAGAGAUCUACGUAAAAUAUUGAUAGGUAAGUAUUCAAUUGAUUUGAUGUCCAACGAAAUAGUGACAACAAGUAUCACACCAGGGUUGAUGAUCGCCAUCCAUGGUCCCUUCGAUCCCUCUUUUGAACCGCAUAUUUUGCAACCAGGGAAAUAUUACCAAGUUUUUGUCAGAAUGGAAAAAGAAAUGUUACUUCCAUAUCCAUAUACGACAGAUUGCAGGAAUUAUACACAGGAAUGGAUUUCCAAUAACAAAAGAGGCCCGAGAUCUAAAGAAAUAUGUGAAGCUAUGUGCGAGAAAAAGCGUACAGUCACCUCGAUUAUUGAAUGCGAUUGUUUAUCUUUGCGCAUGUACCAAGGCGACGCAUUUCUUCUGAAACAUUUAUGUAAUAGUACCUGUGAGCGUUCUUUAAGACUUAGACAAGACUACGACAAAAACGUGUGUUUGGAUAGCUGUAAAGAUAAUUGCGAAAAAUGGAGAUAUAUUUACACCAUUCAAGCAGUUCAUACUUCAUUUCCUGGUAGCACGGCUGGCAAAGACUCUGUUGUCGUGGCCGUGUAUUUGCAAGAACCUCCAUUAACACUCAUUUCACAUAAGCCGAGAUUUGAACCUAUAGAACUCUUCAGCUACGUUGGAGGCUAUCUAGGAUUAUGGCUUGGAUUUUCCGCUGUGGCUUUCAUCGACUUUGUGCAUUCGCUAUGUGGAUUGCUUUAUCUGAUCAUACAGCAACGAAUUCAAAAACUUGCUAUUGAAAUUGCGGAAAAGGAUGAUACAAAGGAAAUCAUUUCUUUAAAAAUUUUUAAAAAUAUUGAAAAUGAUAACGUUCCUGUUUAUGAAUUUGACAACAUUGAUUAUAAAGUUUAAAAAUUCGCUUUAUGUAGAACGUAGAAGAGCUUAAAACAAUAUUCUAAUGUUGUUUGACAGAUAAUGCUGAUGCUUUCGGUUCAAUCAACGGUAUACAUGUUGGAAUUAUUUAUGUUUACUGAAUUUGCAUGAGAAUAUCUCCUUAAUUUGUAACUUUCUUAAUAACUACCCUUAGUGUCAAAACAUGCAACGUAUGAAGUGGAGAUUACGAUAUUCAACAACAUGUACUUUUCAUCAAUACAAUCAUUAAAAUGAUUUAAUUUAUACACUCGGUAAAUUUAAUUUAUGCACUAGGUGCUAUCUACCUUUUCAUAUUGAAAUACAUAUACCCUCAGCAAAUUAGCUUAACUGGCCUUUGCAGUAUGCAUAAACAAUAAAAUUUGUAUUAAAUAACUACAACUAAGUAAGUAUUAAAUGGGAAUUUCUUCACAGAAAUUGAAACUAUCUCCUGCACUUCUAUAUCGUCGAAUAAACUUUCUACUCAUUGAAUUAUUUUAAUUACUGCAUUUAAUUGCACAAAACAACAGGAAAUAUGUGUUUCCUGUUCUUGGAAAUCUACAUACUGGUUUCGAAAUAUUAGUUCGAUUGUUACCAUCAUGACGUAUCUCAUUGUUUUCGCCAUUUAAUUUAUUGCUUCCUUCUUUUAUGCCUAUUCUGGUAACUUAUCUCUUUUCAUUCACUUUGUGUUCAAGACAUAGUUGUAUGAGUUCAUUAUGCAGCAGGUUUGACAACUGUCUUAGGCUGCCAUUAAAUUAUCUGAUGUAACUAUAUUAAGGAUAAGUGUUGUCUUAACAGACAGUUCAUUAAUAAACAAAAAAAGAACUCUCUGGACGCUGCACAAAACCGGUUUCAAAAUUUGGAUUUGCAAGUAGCAUUUUUAUUCAAAACAACAUUUCUCGAAGACAAUUGCAUCUAAGCUAUUUUACAUUUUUUUCGCAAAACCUGUAACAGCUCAGUAAGUUAGGAGAAUAAAAGUCAAUCAUAAAGAUUUAGAGACUGAGGACAGAGGAAACAAGCAACGUAAGGCAAUAUUUUCAAAGCUGCUCAUUUUCCGUAAAAUGUAUAUAAAGCAAUGUUCAUAUCCAUACUGUUUAUACCAUUAAAUUGCCUUUUAACAUAAUCAUAACCUUUUAUUGUAAUCAUACAUGUCAAAAGGGGACCAUAAACAUUCACGUGUUCUAUUUUGGGUAUUACGGGCAUUCAUAUGCUCUUCUCUUCGAUGUUCACAUUUCUGUUUACCAUUUAUUUUAAACACGCUUACAGCUGAGAAAGCAACACAAUGUAUUCCAUCAAUAUUAAGAAGGAGGACCAUUAUGGAAAUUUUAAUCUGAUUGCAUUAGUAAAGCUAAAGGUCAAUGGACGUAAUCCCGAGCAAGUAUUCGACAAAAGAUAUGGGUUUGCCUGGAAAUGAUGAAAGCGUAUAAUUCUCUGUUAAGUAUUUUAUGCUUACUUGUGAAUCUCACUUCCUUUUUGGGUACAAUAAUCCUGCUUGCUCAUCGUGGAGAAUUCUAGAUGAUGGAUGUUUUCAAAAAGAAGACAAUUGGACAAAAGGAGCAGAUAAACUGGCACAUUGAAUCUCCUGUUCUGAAUCUCAUUUAUAACUGUUGGGACAUACUAAAGAAGAAAUACUAUACGGCAAAAUUCUUAUCCUCAAUUCUUCUUGACUUCAGAUCUUAGUUGCUUUUCUAUAGGGAUGAAAGAAUGGAAAGUUUGUUCUCAAAAUUUUCUAUUAGUAUCCAGAAUUCCACAUUUAUUUGAGAAAUAGUUUUUCUCUUAGAGUUCUGUAUUGCAUAUUAUUUCAAUUAUUUUUAUUUUUGAUUUUAGUAUAAUUUCCCAUCAUGUGCAUUCAAAUUUAAUUUUUAAGGUUAAAUUUAUGUGCUAGGAUUCUUCAUGCCAUUCCAAAUAAUUUUGUUUCCAAUUUUAUUCAAUUCUUGAGAAAUUAAGUUUUAUGUUCAUGUGUAAAGAUAAUUUUAGAUAUUAGUGUUUGUACGGGCGAGUCUAAAAUCACUGUCAUACCAUAUACUCUAAUGAUAUGUAAGAGUAAUAAAGUCAUAUGGAGUAUUCGUUGUGUGUUAAAUAUAAAUGUGUAAUUCUUUAUUUUACGUUUAUGGCGAUAUUUUUAUUACAUUUCUAAACUGUGAUAUCAUGCUUUACUUCUAUACCAACUUUUGGUGUUCAUGAAUAAAUAAAAUCAUUAAAAAUA